AUGGUUCCACCUCUCCCACCCGAGAACAUCAGAGAAAUCUUUGAAUAUUUGCAGGAUGAUCUGGGUUCACUGUACUCUUGCAUGUUUGUAAACAGACAAUGGGCCCAAGUGGCCGUAGGGAUCUUGUGGAGGGACACAUUGAAAUUCCGUGAUCUGUGCGUUUCAAAUCAACACGUGUCAAUGAUACUUUCUACGUUAAUGUCUUGUCUACCAAAGGAAUCUAAAGAAAUUUUGAGGGAUCGAGGCAUAAAAAUAGUUUCAACGAAGCCUCCUCUUUUCGACUACGCUGGAAUGUGUCGAUACCUCGAGUUCACGCACAUCAAUGGCAUGAUAGAUCUGAUGGUGCCACCCAUAAAGUUAUCCGCUGGAAAUAAAAAAGGCAGCAAGAAGUUGAUAGCCGGAACAGUGGAUAAGUACACAAAGUAUCUUGUAAAACAAGAGAUAUACAAAAUGUUCAUGAGUCGAUGUCGAACCUUGAAGAGACUCGAGUACCGGGAUCGAGAUAUUCUGCUCCCGUGCUUCCGGAAUGUCGAGAAUUGUCUGUCAAAUCUAUGCGAACUGCAUUGCAACGCCACAUUGCUUCCUGGGACCUUUUAUCAGCUGUCGACGAUAUGUAAGAACCUUGCAAAGAUAAUUAUCGACGACUGUACCUCCGAUAAUGAGGGGUUGGCAACGCUGAUUAAAGUUCAAAAUAAUUUGAAAUCGGUGAAAAUAAUUGUCAAGGGUAAUGGCUUGUAUAAAGGAAAAUUGUUCGCUCCCAGUAGAUAUAACAGAUACGAUGUUAACUGUAGAUAUUCGAAAAUUGCCGAUGCUAUUUCUUCUCAGUCAAAAAAUUUAAUUCAUUUUCACAUCGGAGGAAAACUGUUGAAGGCCAUACCGCCCGAAAACAUAUCCACCCUAGUUAAUCUGCAAUCACUUGCCAUCACUUUUCACGAUGACAUCGAGAACAUUCUGACGUGCUCGACCUUCCCUAAACUGAGGGUCUUGGAUUUGAAGUUGUUGCCCUUGUUGGAAUACCUGAUUCGAUUUAUUGCAAGAACCGAAGGACAUCUCGAGGUCAUUCACUUUGAUAUUCCCUGCGUUUACCCAUUUUACCAAAUCCCCAUGUUCAAUCAAACGGUGGCAAAAUAUUGUCCGAAAGUAAGAUAUCUGAACACUUGGUUUUAUGGAGAAGAUGCAAAAGAAUUCAAACAAUUAUUAAUAUCGUGCCCGAACCUGGAAGCCAUAUCGAUAGCGACCUAUAGGUACGACGAUGAAACAUACGAGGCACACAUCAAUGAAUUCCUUGAAAUCUUGGAGGUACUAGAAAUCGAUUUAAAAUUGAGAUUGAAGCUCUGCAAAAUCGAAUUUUUUUAUUCUUGGGGAAUCGAUAUAGAUGUGUUGGAGGUUUUCUUGAGAAAGAGGAAAGAAAGAAACCAGGAUUUAGACAAGUCACUUCAACAGCCUCUGCUGUCAUUUUAUUUUCACCACUCGUUUCUCAAAUCCGACAUCGAUUUCUCGGAAUUUAUGGACUUGAAGUUUAAACAAUUUAAGAAAGAAGGUUUGAUCAAGGAUUUUGGAAUCAAGAAAUAUGAUGAUCUUCGAUGA